AAGCAACAUCUUGCAGUCACCUGCUACACACGAGAUAGAAAAACCAUUUCUCAACAGUACCUUCUCUAGUUCUAGCUACAUGGCUUCCAACGCGAGCAUGUUGGCCGUGUUCAUGGCUUGCGCGCUCCUCCUCGCCGGCAGCACGUGCCACGCCUCCCGCAACCUGGCCGACACUACGCCGGCGGCUGCCGCUCCGGCUGCUAGCGCCCUCCCUGGCCUGCCGGCCGUGCCGACCUUGCCUGCCGUGCCCACGGACACGGUCACCCUGAUGCCACCAAUGCCGUCGGUCACCCUGCCCACCGUGCCGCAGGUGACGCUGCCGCCCAUGCCCUCCAUCGUCGUGCCCAAGGGGGUCCUGCCGCCCAUGCCCAAGGUCACCCUCCCCACCGUGCCGCAGGUGACGAUGGCGCCGAUGCCUGCCAUUGUCGUGCCCAAGGUGACGCUGCCGCCGUUGCCAUUCGUCCAGAAUGUGAACGUGCCUAUGCCGUUCGCGGCACCGCCCCCGUCAGCGUAGGCGUGCCCACGCGGCGGUGCUCUCGCCCUGUCCACGAUAGGGCGCCGUUCAUCUGAGUGUGGCGCCAGGUCACUCCGUGGACACGACGUACAUUUUCUUACAUGCAAGCUCGGUGUUUUAUAUGCGAUGUAUCACAGUAUCAGUAAUUCUUGCCUUCUUUACGUCUCAUUGUAUGUAUUGCUAGUGUUUGGAUGUUGAGGGUUUUGUCCCAUUGUAUGUACUUCUUGAUCUUCUUAAAUACUCCCUCUGUUCCAUAAUAUAAGAGCGUUUUUUACACACUAAUGUAAAAAAUGCUUUUAUAUUAUGGGACGGAGGGAGUACAAAUUACUAUUUACGGUAUGCAUCUUUGUCUAAGUAUUUUCCCCAUUUGAUAGUAAAGUACUCCCUUUGUAAACUAUUGUAAACUAAUAUAAAAGUGUUUAGAUCAAUAAAGUAGUUAUCUAAAUGCUUUUAUAUUUAUUUA